AUGUUUGAUUCAUACAGAGACAAUGUUGCUGGCAAAUCAUUUCAGAAUCGGCUUUGUUUACCCAUGCCGAUUGAUGUGGUGUACACCUGGGUGAAUGGCACAGAUGUUGAACUGAUCAAAGAAUUGCAACAGGUCAGAGAACAGAUGGAGGAAGAACAGAAAAUAAUGAGGGAAAUCCUUGGAAAGAAUGCAACAGAACCAACAAAGAAGAGUGAGAAGCAACUCGAGUGUUUGCUGACACACUGCAUCAAAGUGCCAAUGCUUGUCCUGGAUCCUGCGCUGCCUACCAACGUCACACUGAAAGACCUGCUGUCCAUUCAUCCUGCUUUACAAGCUGCUAACAAUAUGUUCUUUGUAGCAAAACCAAAAAAUCCUUCUACCAACGUGACAGUAAUUGUUUUUGAUAGCCCUAAGGAUGUUGAAGCUGCCCAUUCUGGAAUGUUAAAAGACAACAGCAAACACAUAGUCUGGAGAGGUUACUUGACUACAGACAAAGAAGUUCCAGGUCUAGUAUUAAUGCAAGACUUGGCCUUCCUUAGUGGAUUUCCAGCUACAUUCAAAGAAACAAAUCAGCUACGAACAAAACUACCAGAGAGCCUGGCCUCUAAAGUGAAACUGUUGCAGCUCUAUUCAGAAGCCAGCGUGGCUCUCUUGCAACUAAAUAACCCCAAGGGUUUCCAAGAACUGAGCAAGCAAGCAAAGAAGAACAUGACUAUAGAUGGAAAAGAACUGACGCUUAAUCCUGCUUAUUUACUAUGGGACCUCAGUUCUGUCAGUCAGUCUAAACAGGAUGAAGAUAUUUCUGCCAGCCGUUUUGAAGAUAAUGAAGAGCUGAGAUACUCAUUACGAUCAAUAGAGAGGCAUGCUCCUUGGGUACGGCAUAUUUUCAUUGUCACCAAUGGGCAGAUUCCUUCCUGGCUUAACCUGGAUAAUCCUCGGAUAACUGUAGUGACACAUCAGGAAAUAUUUCAGAAUGUGAGUCACUUGCCUACCUUCAGCUCACCAGCUAUUGAAAGUCACAUUCAUCGUAUCAGUGGCCUCUCUCAGAAGUUUAUCUAUCUUAAUGAUGAUGUUAUGUUUGGGAAGGAUGUUUGGCCUGAUGAUUUUUACAGUCACUCUAAAGGUCAAAAGGUUUACUUGACUUGGCCUGUGCCAAACUGUGCUGAGGGAUGUCCUGGCUCAUGGAUUAAAGAUGGUUACUGUGAUAAAGCCUGUAAUAACUCAGCAUGUGAUUGGGAUGGAGGUGAUUGCAUUGGUAACAGUGGGGGCAAUCGCUAUGUUGCUGGUGGAGGUGCAGUUGGAGGUAUUGGGAAUGGACCACCAUGGCAGUUUGGUGCAGGAAUAAGUGGUGUUUCAUACUGUAACCAAGGCUGUGCUAAUUCCUGGCUAGCAGACAAAUUCUGUGAUCAGGCCUGCAAUGUCCUCUCCUGUGGAUUUGAUGCUGGUGACUGUGGCCAGGAUCACUUUGACGAGAUGUACAAGGUGACACUUCAGCUUAAUCAGACCUACUAUGUAAUUCCCAAAGGUGAAUGUCUAGCCUACUUCAGCUUCAGCGAAAUAGCCAAGAAAGGGAUUGAGGGUUCAUAUAGUGAUAAUCCAAUUAUCCGGCAUGCUUCAGUUGCUAACAAAUGGAAGACUAUCCACCUCAUAAUGCAUAGUGGCAUGAAUGCAACUGUGGUCUAUUUUAACAUUACAUUUCUAAAUAAAAAUGAUGAGGAGUUUAAAGUGCAGGUUGCUGUUGAAGCUGAUACUAGAGAGGAACCAAAACUGAACACAACUUCCAUGCAAAAGUCCAGCUCUGAUUUUAAAACUGUAACUUCAAUACCAGAAGCUGAAAUGAUAUUUGAGGAUAUUCCUGAAGAAAAACGCUUUCCAAGAGUCAGGAGACGUCGAAAUGGCACAAAGGAGGGUCUGCGUGAAGAGGUGCUAAUACCAUCAGUAAACAUGUCUCUCCUUCCUGAAGGUGUUCGCCUAGCACUGCAGAAGCUGGACUUAAAACUGCUGAGUGGUGAUAUAACUCAGAAGGGAUUUAACCUAUCCAAGGCUGCUCUUCUGAGACCUUUCCAGCUCUUACCUACAGUAAAGAGUAGUACAGGCCUGGAAAAGGAGGUGCAUAAUCAUUCAGAAAAUAAGAACAACUAUACCAGCUUGCAGAAGCCUCCUAAAGAUGUGAACAAUGGCAAAAUAAAAUCAGUAGAAGCAAAAGAACUCCCUUCAAGGCUCACAGGAACAAAGGGCACUGUUGUGACAAUGAACACAAAUAAACCUAUUUAUAAAGUAAAGCCUAAAUACACACUUCCAGCCCAGAGCUUGGGAAAUAAAAAUGAAACUCGAGAAAAAGUACUGAAUGCACUCAUAUUAAGGGAAACCCAGAAAUCAAAACACACUGGGAAUUUAGAUACUGGAGAAGACACACACGGAAUGGAAGGAGGAAAGGAGGGUGUGCAAGUGGAUACAAAUGUAAGGGAGGGGUUAGUGGGAAGAAAAUUACAGUUUUAUGCUGGAAGUUACCAAGGCUUUUUGCCAUGGGAGAAAAAGAAGUAUUUCCAGGACCUUCUUGAGGAAGAAGAGUCCUUACUCAAGCAAAUGUCAUACUUUACUGAUGGCAAGCAUUUUGGAAGGCAGCUGAAAGAUACAUUUGCUGAUUCCCUCCGAUAUGUAAAUAAGCUUUUAAACAGCAAAUUUGGAUUUACAUCUCGGAAAGUCCCUGCUCAUAUGCCUCAUAUGAUUGACCGCACAGUUAUGCAAGAGCUACAGGAUAUGUUUCCUGAGGAGUUUGACAAGACAUCAUUUCACAAAGUGCGGCACUCAGAAGACAUGCAGUUUGCUUUUUCGUAUUUCUACUAUCUUAUGAGUGCAGUCCAGCCACUGAACAUAUCUCAGAUCUUCGAUGAGGUUGAUACGGACCAGUCAGGCAUUUUGUCUGACAGAGAGAUUCGCACGUUGGCCACGAGAAUCCAUGAACUACCAUUAAGUUUGCAGGAUUUGACAGGUCUAGAACAAAUGCUAAUAAAUUGCUCCAAAGCUCUUCCUGCCAACAUCACUCAGAUCCAUGUCAUUCCACCAACUCAGGAAGCAUAUUAUGAUCCCAAUCUGCCUCCAGUAACAAAAAGCCUAGUGACUAAUUGCAAACCUGUGACUGACAGAAUUCGAAAGGCAUACAAGGACAAAAACAAAUACAGGUUUGAAAUCAUGGGAGAAGAGGAAAUUGCCUUCAAAAUGAUUCGCACAAAUGUUUCUCAUGUAGUUGGUCAGCUGGAUGACAUACGAAAAAAUCCCAGAAAAUUUGUUUGCCUUAAUGACAAUAUUGAUCACAAUCAUAAGGAUGCUCAGACAGUGAAAGCGGUGCUUAGGGAUUUUUAUGAGUCGAUGUUUCCCAUACCUUCCCAAUUUGAACUGCCAAGAGAAUAUCGUAAUCGUUUCCUUCACAUGCAUGAACUCCAAGAAUGGAGGGCAUAUAGAGACAAGCUCAAAUUCUGGACUCACUGUGUUCUAGUAACACUUAUUGUAUUUACAGUGAUCUCAUUUUUUGCUGAACAGGUUGGGGCCUUAAGUAACCCUUUCCGUGGUCUGAUGAAGAGGGUGUAAUUCUUGAAAGCUAAUUGCACUUAAACGAAAGAUUUUUCCAAGAAGAAGGAUCCAAAAGGAAGUUGGUCAUGAACGAAUCAAAGUGUAGAAGAGCUUUAUUUUGGAGAUCAGUCUACCUCAAGACGUGCUAAGCAUUUAAAAUCUGUCUCAUAAGUGUCUUUUAUGGUUUAGCAUUUAACUACAUUGAUAUGAAGAAAAAAAAAAUCAUGCAUCUCCAGUUAGAAUCUCCGCAGUACUCUCCAUGAUAUACAAGCUGCUGGAGCUGCAACAAUGCAGGACAACAACAACAAAAAUGCGGAAACCCUGUGCAUAGGCAGUUUCCAACAGAUCUUACUUUUACAGCUGUUAGUUCAUGGCCAUGUUAUCCUUUUUUAUAAAAAGGGUUACCUAAAGAAAUGUAGCUGCAUUUAUUGCAGUGGAUGUUGCCAACUAGAUAAAAUGUUGGAAGGCAGAGUUGUUUGGGAUCAGCUUAACAGGUCCUUGAUCUUGCAUUCCAAAACAUUUUGCAGAUAUCUGUCGUUGCUGCUUUUUUUUUUUUUUUUUAGCCCUACGGGAAAAUUGAGAAUUGUGUAACCUGUCAUUUAGAUUUAGUAUACAUUUAUUGAUGUUGACAUUUGUUAAAGCACAGUGACAAUUCAUCCCCC